ACGUUGGAGAGGAACUGGAGGACGAUCAGGGACGAGGCUCUGGCUGUGAUGGAUCAAAACACCGGACUGUUCGUACCUGAGGAGGAAAACCUGCGAGAGAAAGGAGAGUGGGGCCAGUACACACUGUGGCAACAAGGGAGGAAAGAUGGAAAUUCAUGUCAGGGCGUCCAGAAGACGUGUUCACUGCUGGAGAGAUACACUGAAGCUACAGGCUGCAAGAGAGGACAGAUUAAGUUCUCGGUGAUGCAGCCAGGAACUCAUGUUUGGCCUCACACUGGUCCGACUAACUGCAGACUGAGGAUGCACCUCGGCCUCGUCAUCCCCAAACAUGGCUGCAGGAUCCGCUGCACCAACCAGACCAGGGAGUGGGAGGAGGGUAAAGUCCUGAUCUUCGACGACUCCUUCGAGCACGAGGUUUGGCAGGACGCCGACAGUUACCGCCUCAUCUUCAUCGUUGACGUCUGGCACCCAGAGUUAACGAAGUACCAGCGCCAGACUCUGAGCGCCAUUUAGGAACCGGACGUGACGGAGGACUGCAGACCCGCUGACAAUCUGAACUCUUGUCAGAAACACGAGCAGCUGAGUCUGAGAGGAGACA